AUGGAUUUCCUUACUGUAUUCUUCGUUCUCCCCACUAUAUCCUCCUAUAGUACAAGAGUCAACGUGAUAUUCUUUUACAUGACAUGGACCACUCUUGUGCUCUCACAUACCGCUUUACGGGUUGAAUUGUUCGGCACGUUGCUUGCGCGCCUACUAUUCUACCUUUUCCCCUCCCUUGUCUUUUUCAUUCUCGACAUUGCAGCUCCAGGCACAUCCGCUUCCUUCAAAGAGCGAGGUGAAUCCGGUCUCCCAACUGGAAGCAAGCGCACCAAGCCUUCGUUGAAGGAACUCAAGAUUGCAGGAUGGUCGCUCGCUAACUUGGCGCUGGGAAUCGUCGUGCAAAUGACGAUUGAAGCGUUCCUUAUAAAAACUCCUAAGUUGCGACCUGCAGUACAGAUGGCCAUCAGCGUCCCAAUGCCUUGGACUGUCACAAAGCAGCUUUUCUGGGGAUUUCUUCUUCGAGAGAUCUUAUCAUACAGCAUCCACCGCUUCGUCCUCCACACCAAAAUCCCCGUCUUUUCCCUUGUCGCUCAAUUCCACAGAACCUGGUACCAUGCCCUCCGCGCCCCGUUUCCCCUAACAGCGCACUACGACCACCCGCUUGUCUACCUCCUCUCAACUUUUAUCCCGAUGUACAUGCCAGUUCUAUUCUUCCGUUACCAUAUGAUCACCUUCCUCAUAUAUACGGUCAUCAUCUCAAUUGAAGAAACAUUCGCAUUCUCUGGAUACUAUGUGCUGCCAGGUUUCCUGCUGAACUGGGUCGCGCGCCGAACGGAGCUCCAUCUUGCCCAUGGCGGCAAGACGCACUUUGGGCGCUGGGGCGUCGUUGAUCUCCUUGUGGGGACGGGGUGGUAUGGUAGUAAUAGUUUUGCCGGCUGGGGUGACGAUUCAAGCGGCGCAGAGAGUUCAAGGGGUAAAGUUGGCCCUGGGAGAGGGAGGAGGUGA